GUAAAGCUCAACAGUUCCUGGAGUUAUCGUUCACCCUUAAUGGGUUCCUUUGGAAUUCAAUUGUGUGAAAUGGGGUUUCUGAAAGAAGUUCAAAUUUCAAGAAGACAACUCAAUAGUUUUUUUUCAAAGAAAAUUGAGAAAACUGUGUGUGGGUUGAGAAAUGGACCAAGAAAACCUAUGUGGAGGUCAAGGGUUUUGUCCUCAGAGGCAAUACAAGCUGUACAGUCUGUGAAAUUAGCAAAAUCAGCUGACAAAUUAGAGGAGAUGUUGAAAAACAAACUUGGUAGGUUAUUGAAGGCUGAUGUAUUAGACACUUUGAAUGAAUUGCAAAGGCAAAAUGAAGUUCACUUGGCUCUAAAGGUGUUCAACUUUGUCAGGAACGAGGAGUGGUACACGCCAGAUUUAUCUCUGUUCAACAGUAUGAUAAUGAUGCUGGGAAAAAACAAGUUCAUUGAAAUGGCUGAACAACUAUUUGUGCACAUGAUAAAAGAAGGUCUGCAACCAGAUAGCAGAACCUAUACUGAGCUGAUUGGGGCGUACUUUAGAGUAGAUCUCAUAGAGAAGGCAAUGGAAAUGUAUAAACUGAUGAAGAUAUCUGGAUUCUGCCCAGAUAAGUUGACUAUGAGUAUUUUGAUAAGGAACCUUGAAAAGGCUGAAGAGAAAGAGCUUGUGGUUAGAGUAAAGAAUGAAUGCGCCAACUAUAUUGACUAUCCAGAGAAAUUUCUAAAAGAAAUUGAAAGUACCAAUUUCAAGCGCAGGUUGAUCGACCUUGUCUGAAUUCUUGAAAUGAUAUACAACAGCUUACGAGUACUACCCUUCCCGUGCGACCUUUUG